AUGCCUCCGUUCUUCUUUCAUAAGGGCCUGAGAGUCACCCUUGAGAUAUACCCGGAGGUGCUGAGGAGCGUGGUGAAGACCUGCAUAGACAAGAUCCCCGCCUGGCUCCGUAUGUCUUGCAGCAGGACUCCACUCCUGCACACAAACCAAGACGACCCAGGCAUGGCUGAUCAACAAUAUUCCUCACCACUGGUCGCUGGACUUGUGGCCGCCCUCCUCACCCGACUCGCAAGCAGCAGCAGUCGAGGUGGUAUCUUUCCUUUGUCGGCUUCUGCACCGUUCCUCAUUUCCUCCAGCGUGAGCAGCAGCAGUCGAGGUGGCAUCUUUCCUUUGUCGGCUUCUGCACCGUUCCUCAUUUCCUCCAGCGUGAACAGCAGCAGUCGAGGUGGUAUCUUUCCUUUGUCGGCUUCUGCACCGUUCCUCAUUUCCUCCAGCGUGAGCAGCAGCAGUCGAGGUGGCAUCUUUCCUUUGUCGGCUUCUGCACCGUUCCUCAUUUCCUCCAGCGUGAACAGCAGCAGUCGAGGUGGUAUCUUUCCUUUGUCGGCUUCUGCACCGUUCCUCAUUUCCUCCAGCGUGAGCAGCAGCAGUCGAGGUGGUAUCUUUCCUUUGUCGGCUUCUGCACCGUUCCUCAUUUCCUCCAGCGUGAGCAGCAGCAGUCGAGGUGGUAUCUUUCCUUUGUCGGCUUCUGCACCGUUCCUCAUUUCCUCCAGCGUGAGCAGCAGCAGUCGAGGUGGUAUCUUUCCUUUGUCGGCUUCUGCACCGUUCCUCAUUUCCUCCAGCGUGAGCAGCAGCAGUCGAGGUGGUAUCUUUCCUUUGUCGGCUUCUGCACCGUUCCUCAUUUCCUCCAGCGUGAGCAGCAGCAGUCGAGGUGGUAUCUUUCCUUUGUCGGCUUCUGCACCGUUCCUCAUUUCCUCCAGCGUGAACAGCAGCAGUCGAGGUGGUAUCUUUCCUUUGUCGGCUUCUGCACCAUUCCUCAUUUCCUCCAGCGUGAGCAGAGGCAGUCGAGGUGGUAUCUUUCCUUUGUCGGCUUCUGCACCGUUCCUCAUUUCCUCCAGCCGUGAGCAGCAGCAGUCGAGGUGGUAUCUUUCCUUUGUCGGCUUCUGCACCGUUCCUCAUUUCCUCCAGCGUGAGCAGCAGCAGUCGAGGUGGUAUCUUUCCUUUUUCGGCUUCUGCACCGUUCCUCAUUUCCUCCAGCGUGAGCAGCAGCAGUCGAGGUGGUAUCUUUCCUUUGUCGGCUUCUGCACCGUUCCUCAUUUCCUCCAGCGUGAACAGCAGCAGUCGAGGUGGUAUCUUUCAUUUGUCGGCUUCUGCACCGUUCCUCAUUUCCUCCAGCGUGAGCAGCAGCAGUCGAGGUGGUAUCUUUCCUUUUUCGGCUUCUGCACCGUUCCUCAUUUCCUCCAGCGUGAGCAGCAGCAGUCGAGGUGGUAUCUUUCCUUUGUCGGCUUCUGCACCGUUCCUCAUUUCCUCCAGCGUGAACAGCAGCAGUCGAGGUGGUAUCUUUCCCUUGUCGGCUUCUGCACCGUUCCUCAUUUCCUCCAGCGUGAGCAGCAGCAGUCGAGGUGGUAUCUUUCCUUUGUCGGCUUCUGCACCGUUCCUCAUUCCUCCAGCGUGAGCAGCAGCAGUCGAGGUGGUAUCUUUCCUUUGUCGGCUUCUGCACCGUUCCUCAUUUCCUCCAGCGUGAACAGCAGCAGUCGAGGUGGUAUCUUUCCUUUGUCGGCUUCUGCACCGUUCCUCAUUUCCUCCAGCGUGAGCAGCAGCAGUCGAGGUGGUAUCUUUCCUUUGUCGGCUUCUGCACCGUUCCUCAUUUCCUCCAGCGUGAGCAGCAGCAGUCGAGGUGGUAUCUUUCCUUUGUCGGCUUCUGCACCGUUCCUCAUUUCCUCCAGCGUGAGCAGCAGCAGUCGAGGUGGUAUCUUUCCUUUGUCGGCUUCUGCACCGUUCCUCAUUUCCUCCAGCGUGAGCAGCAGCAGUCGAGGUGGUAUCUUUCCUUUUCGGCUUCUGCACCGUUCCUCAUUUCCUCCAGCCGUGAGCAGCAGCAGUCGAGGUGGUAUCUUUCCUUUUUCGGCUUCUGCACCGUUCCUCAUUUCCUCCAGCGUGAGCAGCAGCAGUCGAGGUGGUAUCUUUCCUUUGUCGGCUUCUGCACCGUUCCUCAUUUCCUCCAGCGUGAACAGCAGCAGUCGAGGUGGUAUCUUUCCUUUGUCGGCUUCUGCACCGUUCUUCAUUUCCUCCAGCGUGAGCAGCAGCAGUCGAGGUGGUAUCUUUCCUUUGUCGGCUUCUGCACCGUUCCUCAUUUCCUCCAGCCGUGAGCAGCAGCAGUCGAGGUGGUAUCUUUCAUUUGUCGGCUUCUGCACCGUUCCUCAUUUCCUCCAGCGUGAGCAGCAGCAGUCGAGGUGGUAUCUUUCCUUUGUCGGCUUCUGCACCGUUCCUCAUUUCCUCCAGCGUGAACAGCAGCAGUCGAGGUGGUAUCUUUCCUUGUCGGCUUCUGCACCGUUCCUCAUUUCCUCCAGCGUGAGCAGCAGCAGUCGAGGUGGUAUCUUUCCUUGGUCGGCUUCUGCACCGUUCCUCAUUUCCUCCAGCGUGAGCAGCAGCAGUCGAGGUGGUAUCUUUCCUUUUUCGGCUUCUGCACCGUUCCUCAUUUCCUCCAGCGUGAGCAGCAGCAGUCGAGGUGGUAUCUUUCCUUUGUCGGCUUCUGCACCGUUCCUCAUUUCCUCCAGCGUGAACAGCAGCAGUCGAGGUGGUAUCUUUCCUUUGUCGGCUUCUGCACCGUUCCUCAUUUCCUCCAGCGUGAGCAGCAGCAGUCGAGGUGGUAUCUUUCCUUUGUCGGCUUCUGCACCGUUCCUCAUUUCCUCCAGCCGUGAGCAGCAGCAGUCGAGGUGGUAUCUUUCAUUUGUCGGCUUCUGCACCGUUCCUCAUUUCCUCCAGCGUGAGCAGCAGCAGUCGAGGUGGUAUCUUUCCUUUUCGGCUUCUGCACCGUUCCUCAUUUCCUCCAGCGUGAACAGCAGCAGUCGAGGUGGUAUCUUUCCUUUGUCGGCUUCUGCACCGUUCUUCAUUUCCUCCAGCGUGAGCAGCAGCAGUCGAGGUGGUAUCUUUCCUUUUUCGGCUUCUGCACCAUUCCUCAUUUCCUCCAGCGUGAGCAGCAGCAGUCGAGGUGGUAUCUUUCCUUUGUCGGCUUCUGCACCGUUCCUCAUUUCCUCCAGCGUGAGCAGCAGCAGUCGAGGUGGUAUCUUUCCUUUGUCGGCUUCUGCACCGUUCCUCAUUUCCUCCAGCGUGAGCAGCAGCAGUCGAGGUGGUAUCUUUCAUUUGUCGGCUUCUGCACCGUUCCUCAUUUCCUCCAGCGUGAGCAGCAGCAGUCGAGGUGGUAUCUUUCCUUUGUCGGCUUCUGCACCGUUCCUCAUUUCCUCCAGCGUGAGCAGCAGCAGUCGAGGUGGUAUCUUUCAUUUGUCGGCUUCUGCACCGUUCCUCAUUUCCUCCAGCGUGAGCAGCAGCAGUCGAGGUGGUAUCUUUCCUUUGUCGGCUUCUGCACCGUUCCUCAUUUCCUCCAGCGUGAGCAGCAGCAGUCGAGGUGGUAUCUUUCCUUUGUCGGCUUCUGCACCGUUCCUCAUUUCCUCCAGCGUGAACAGCAGCAGUCGAGGUGGUAUCUUUCCUUUGUCGGCUUCUGCACCGUUCCUCAUUUCCUCCAGCGUGAGCAGCAGCAGUCGAGGUGGUAUCUUUCCUUUGUCGGCUUCUGCACCGUUCCUCAUUCCUCCAGCCGUGAGCAGCAGCAGUCGAGGUGGUAUCUUUCCUUUGUCGGCUUCUGCACCGUUCCUCAUUUCCUCCAGCGUGAGCAGCAGCAGUCGAGGUGGUAUCUUUCCUUUUUCGGCUUCUGCACCGUUCCUCAUUUCCUCCAGCGUGAGCAGCACCAGUCGAGGUGGUAUCUUUCCUUUGUCGGCUUCUGCACCGUUCCUCAUUUCCUCCAGCGUGAACAGCAGCAGUCGAGGUGGUAUCUUUCCUUUGUCGGCUUCUGCACCGUUCCUCAUUUCCUCCAGCCGUGAGCAGCAGCAGUCGAGGUGGUAUCUUUCCUUUGUCGGCUUCUGCACCGUUCCUCAUUUCCUCCAGCGUGAACAGCAGCAGUCGAGGUGGUAUCUUUCCUUUGUCGGCUUCUGCACCGUUCCUCAUUUCCUCCAGCGUGAGCAGCAGCAGUCGAGGUGGUAUCUUUCCUUUGUUGGCUUCUGCACCGUUCCUCAUUUCCUCCAGCGUGAGCAGCAGCAGUCGAGGUGGUAUCUUUCCUUUGUCGGCUUCUGCACCGUUCCUCAUUUCCUCCAGCGUGAGCAGCAGCAGUCGAGGUGGUAUCUUUCCUUUGUCGGCUUCUGCACCGUUCCUCAUUUCCUCCAGCGUGAGCAGCAGCAGUCGAGGUGGUAUCUUUCCUUUGUCGGCUUCUGCACCGUUCCUCAUUCCUCCAGCGUGAGCAGCAGCAGUCGAGGUGGUAUCUUUCCUUUGUCGGCUUCUGCACCGUUCCUCAUUUCCUCCAGCGUGAGCAGCAGCAGUCGAGGUGGUAUCUUUCCUUUGUCGGCUUCUGCACCGUUCCUCAUUUCCUCCAGCGUGAGCAGCAGCAGUCGAGGUGGUAUCUUUCCUUUUUCGGCUUCUGCACCGUUCCUCAUUUCCUCCAGCGUGAGCAGCAGCAGUCGAGGUGGUAUCUUUCCUUUGUCGGCUUCUGCACCGUUCCUCAUUUCCUCCAGCGUGAGCAGCAGCAGUCGAGGUGGUAUCUUUCCUUUUCGGCUUCUGCACCGUUCCUCAUUUCCUCCAGCCGUGAGCAGCAGCAGUCGAGGUGGUAUCUUUCCUUUGUCGGCUUCUGCACCGUUCCUCAUUUCCUCCAGCGUGAACAGCAGCAGUCGAGGUGGUAUCUUUCCUUUGUCGGCUUCUGCACCGUUCCUCAUUUCCUCCAGCGUGAGCAGCAGCAGUCGAGGUGGUAUCUUUCCUUUGUCGGCUUCUGCACCGUUCCUCAUUUCCUCCAGCGUGAGCAGCAGCAGUCGAGGUGGUAUCUUUCCUUUUUCGGCUUCUGCACCGUUCCUCAUUUCCUCCAGCGUGAGCAGCAGCAGUCGAGGUGGUAUCUUUCAUUUGUCGGCUUCUGCACCGUUCCUCAUUUCCUCCAGCGUGAGCAGCAGCAGUCGAGGUGGUAUCUUUCCUUUGUCGGCUUCUGCACCGUUCCUCAUUUCCUCCAGCGUGAACAGCAGCAGUCGAGGUGGUAUCUUUCCUUUGUCGGCUUCUGCACCGUUCCUCAUUUCCUCCAGCGUGAGCAGCAGCAGUCGAGGUGGUAUCUUUCCUUUGUCGGCUUCUGCACCGUUCCUCAUUUCCUCCAGCGUGAGCAGCAGCAGUCGAGGUGGUAUCUUUCCUUUUUCGGCUUCUGCACCGUUCCUCAUUUCCUCCAGCGUGAGCAGCAGCAGUCGAGGUGGUAUCUUUCCUUUGUCGGCUUCUGCACCGUUCCUCAUUUCCACCAGCGUGAGCAGCAGCAGUCGAGGUGGUAUCUUUCCUUUGUCGGCUUCUGCACCGUUCCUCAUUUCCUCCAGCGUGAGCAGCAGCAGUCGAGGUGGUAUCUUUCAUUUGUCGGCUUCUGCACCGUUCCUCAUUUCCUCCAGCGUGAGCAGCAGCAGUCGAGGUGGUAUCUUUCCUUUGUCGGCUUCUGCACCGUUCCUCAUUUCCUCCAGCGUGAGCAGCUGCAGUCGAGGUGGUAUCUUUCAUUUGUCGGCUUCUGCACCGUUCCUCAUUUCCUCCAGCGUGAGCAGCAGCAGUCGACGUGGUAUCUUUCCUUUCGGCUUCUGCACCGUUCCUCAUUUCCUCCAGCGUGAGCAGCAGCAGUCGAGGUGGUAUCUUUCCUUUGUCGGCUUCUGCACCGUUCCUCAUUUCCUCCAGCGUGAGCAGCAGCAGUCGAGGUGGUAUCUUUCAUUUGUCGGCUUCUGCACCGUUCCUCAUUUCUCCAGCGUGAGCAGCAGCAGUCGAGGUGGCAUCUUUCAUUUGUCGGCUUCUGCACCGUUCCUCAUUUCCUCCAGCGUGAGCAGCAGCAGUCGAGGUGGCAUCUUUCAUUUGUCGGCUUCUGCACCGUUCCUCAUUUCCUCCAGCGUGAGCAGCAGCAGUCGAGGUGGUAUCUUUCCUUUGUCGGCUUCUGCACCGUUCCUCAUUUCCUCCAGCGUGAGCAGCAGCAGUCGAGGUGGUAUCUUUCCUUUUUCGCGUGAGCAGCAGCAGUCGAGGUGGUAUCUUUCCUUUUUCGGCUUCUGCACCGUUCCUCAUUUCCUCCAGCGUGAGCAGCAGCAGUCGAGGUGGUAUCUUUCAUUUGUCGGCUUCUGCACCGUUCCUCAUUUCCUCCAGCGUGAGCAGCAGCAGUCGAGGUGGUAUCUUUCCUCUGUCAGCUUCUGCGCCGUUCCUCAUUCCCUCCAGCGCCAGCUGCAGCAGUCGAGGUGGCAUCUUUAUUUGUCAGCUUCUGCGCCGUUCCUCAUUCCCUCCAGCGUAAGCUGCAGCAGUCGAGGUGGCAUCAUUCCUCUGUCAGCUUCUGCGCCGUUCCUCAUUCCCUCCAGCGUAAGCUGCAGCAGUCGAGGUGGCAUCUUUCCUCUGUCAGCUUCUGCGCCGUUCCUCAUUUCCUCCAGUGUAAGCUAUAGCAGUCGUGGUGGCAUCUUCCCUUGCGCCGAUUUCUGCGCUGCUCUUUACACUCAGCAGCAUUUUUCCUUAGGCUCUGUAGCUCUUCGGCUUCUGGCAUUUGCAUUUCGAGUAGCAUUUUGUGACACUUCAGCAACGACAUAUUAA